AUGAUUUCAAAACCUCAGCACCAUUGCCUCCUCUUCCUUGCUUCUUUCAUUUUCUUCUUCAUCAUCCACUCUUAUUGUGACAACAAUACUUCAAUUUUGCCUAGAUGUUCCACCUAUGAUUGUGGCAAUGGAAUCAAAAUUAAAUACCCAUUUUGGCAUAUUGGUGAUGAUAGCUCUGAUUUAUGUUGUGGGUAUCCAGAGUUUGGUCUUUCAUGCUCUAAUGGCGAGCCUGUGCUUACAUUGCCAAACGACACUUAUUAUGUGAAAGACAUAAGCUACACAGAUUAUACCAUUACUCUAGUGGAUAUUGAUGCCACCGGCCAAACAUGCCCCAGGGCACGUCAAAACCUGACUUUACAAAACCUACCACUAGAUUACACUAAUUUAGAUUUAAACCUCACCUUUUACUUUAAUUGCAUUUCUAGCCCAUUUUCUUUUCCACCCUCUCCCAUUGGGUGCUUGGGAUAUGGUAAGCUGCAGUCCUACGUUAUUAUGAUGGAGAACCAAGUAGAUGACGUGGACUGGGUUGGAAAGUGUGAGGAGAAAGUGGUGGUGACGGUGAUGAAGACGGAGAUCAUAGGAAAUGAUUUGAUUAGUGGGUUUGGUGGGGCCAUGAAUAAGGGGUUCAUGCUAGAUUGGGGGACAGUUAAGUAUUGUGGUGUUUGUGAAGAUUCCGGGGGAUUCUGUGGGUACAAUAAGACUACGGCGGAGUUUCUGUGCUUUUGCAACGAUGGUACUGCACAAAGGGACCGCUGGGGAAACAUCACUGAUAUUAGCUACCCCUUUUGGGGAAACAACCAGCCUGAGUACUGUGGGAGGCCUGGCUUCAAGAUUUAUUGCAAGGAAGAAGUAGCAACUUUGGAUAUCAUGUCCCUCAAGUAUCAGGUCAUUGCAAUCAAUCCUGACACUCAAAUCCUGAGGAUUGCGAGACUAGAUCUACUGAAUAGCAUUUGUCCUCGUCAGUACUUCAAUACCACCUUGAAUCUUACUCUCUUCAAUUAUACUUCUAAUGAUGUGGUGGAUGCCACCUUGUUCUACAAUUGUGAACCAUCACCAGAAGCUUUGGCUUUUAACGAAUUUAGCUGCCCCAUAAAUAACGUUCCUCGGGAUGCCUACUUGAUGGUGCCCACAGUUUCCAGAAAUGAAUUUUUGUUGGGUUGCAACAUUAGUAUUGCAAUUCCAAUCCUGGCGAGGGCUGUUCAGGGAUUGUUGCGAGCAGAGUUGACUGUUAUCCAAGUUCUAAAUCAAGGCUUUGAGGUUAGGUGCAUUCUGGAUCAAGUGCAAUGUGGAGAUUGUUUAAGGUCAGGUGGAAGAUGUGGAUAUAAUUGGACUGUGAAUCAAUUCAGUUGCUUCUGCCCUGACCAAGCUUAUUCCAGGACGUGUCCAAGCCCCAUGCCAUCAGGAAACUUGUUGAAUCCUGGAGAAACUACUUCAGUCUUUGUUCCAACAUCUUAUUGUGAAGAAGAUGAGUUUUAUAGAGAGUGCUUCACACCAUUCCAGUGUGGAAACCUGCCAAAUCUUUCUUAUCCUUUCUGGGGCGAUAAGCGACCUGAAAUCUGCGGUUAUCAAGGAUUCAGGCUCCGGUGCCAAGAAGGUCCGUUCCCUGUUAUAACUAUAAAUGAUCAAGAAUUUUAUGUGAAGUUCGUGAAUCAAUCCGAAAGAGUGAUGAUCAUUUCUCUAAAGGAUUUAUCGCAAACUGUUUGUCCUCCUGGUGUUGCUGAGAUUCUUAAUACAAAUCUGAACGAGACUCCAUUCAGUUAUGUGCCGGAGUUUGAAAACGUAAGCCUAUUCUACAAUUGCUCAAACAAGGCUACGAUGGUACCGACUCCAUACAAAAUUUCGUGUUCUGCAAAUGACGAACAACGGGAUGCAUUUUAUGCAACUGAUUGGCUUUUGAGCAAGUGGAACCAAGACCCCUCAGAUUGUAACAUCCGGGUAGAAGUUCCAGUUCCAAAGGUGGAUGUUGAACAACUUAUUAGUGGUGGAAUGGAAGCUUUAAGUAAGGCUUUGAGAGAAGGUUUUAACGUAACGUACAUGUUUGAGACAAUUUCAAUGUGCUAUGAAUGUGUGCAUUUGGGUGGGAUAUGCGGCACCGACUCUUCUACUUUCCGCUUCACUUGUCUUUGCCGUGACCAACCCUAUCCUUAUAAUUGUCCAAAAGCAAAAGAGCCUGCAAACUACCCUAUAUAUCCCAUAAGUUGUGCCACCAAUUCUACUGUUUCUUCUUUUGCGGAGUUUCACAUUGACGAACUGGAGUUAUACUGCAGCUAUUCUUUGAACUCAUGCAACUACUUCGUCAAUGCUCCUUUGCACACUGGUAGUGAUACUUAUAGUUUGUACAAUAAGGAUUAUACUGAGAUUUUGAAGCUGGGGUUCCUCUUGAAUUGGACCACGCAUAAUUGCAGCAGUUGUGAGAGAAGUGGUGGCCGCUGUGGAUUUGAGAAUCAUGAAUUUGUUUGUUUUUGUCAUGAUCAGACUCAUCUCAAUUCCUGUGAUGAUGGUAACUCUUCAUGA